AUGUCCGCCUCAUCCCACCGGCCCUCCACGUCGUCUCUUUCCCAUCCUUCCACUUCCGCCUCCGCUUCAACAAUCAACCGCAACCGACAGUACAGCCAUCUACACGCGCAAUUGGCGCAAUUGAAUGCGCAUCUAGCUGAUAUGGAGAAUCUGGUCGGUAUGACAGCUGUGCAGGCGGAGUAUGUGCGGGGCUUGGGGGGAUGGUGGGGUGGUGGAUUCAUGGCCGCGUCAAAGAUCUUAGGCGAGGAAGCAGCAAAUGCUGCUGGUGCUGGUGCUGGUGCUGGAGAGAAGGAAAAGGCCAAGCAGAAGUGA